GGGAGAAAGAGGAGAAGAAAGCGAGCGUGUUCUCUUUAUCUUCGCUUGUGAUCUGUCAAUCCCGUCGUCUUCACUUCCGGUCGGCACUUGCUGAUGCAUCACAGAUGACCCGUCGGCAGCGCACGACAGCAGCAACUAGUAUCGUCCCGUUUUGACCAUUUUGAAUUCAUCCUAUCAUCUUACUUAUUCGUUCUCCCUUCUGAAUCACGUGACCGACGUCAAUUGCGUCUAGCCAUCUGGUUUGAUGGGGCUGUCCUUCUGCCAAUGGGUCUCGCUCGGCACCUGGAUGCUCGUGUUGCUCCUCUACCUGCUGUCAGCCAUGCUCUUCAUCCACCGCCGGAAGCAACAGCCCGUCAAGAGCCGCAGCCCCAUACUCGUCAUGUUCUCCACGCUGGGCGGCUUCCUGCUGGCCACAUGGGCCAUCAUCGAGUACGCCAUCGCCAACACGCCCCUGGCCGACGAUGGGUGGGUCGUCUUCACGCAGAACACACUGCUCACCCUCGGACACCCGCUCUUCUUCCUUCCAUACUUUCUGCGAUGCUAUCGGCUGGCCUUUGUCUUCCGGAACGUCAAGCAGCGCGCCAAUGGUGAAAGGGGGCAGAGGGAGAGGGAGGUCGUAUCGGCUUACCAGCCCCCAGCUGCGCCGCUCUCUGACGGCUCUGUGGCGACUAAUGACGGGACGGGCCACGUCAACACCCCAUCUCACGUCACGGAGGCCUUCCUCCCGUCCUUCGCAGCCGACGACCUCUUCGCGCGUCGCUUCCGGCGCGCGACGGAGCGGCGGUUGAUCGUGAUCCUGCUUCUCUCUCUCUGCCUGUUUUUGGCGUUGUUCUUCAUGAUCUUCCUCAUGUCCACUCCGCCGACCGCCCCCGUGCCCGUGCCGCACGGCCACAUGUGGGCGGACUGGCUGUGGAUCGCCGUGCACGUGAUCGAGGUGGUGGCCAUGCUGAUCGGCGUGUGCAUCGUGCGGCGCAUCCAGGACGAGUUCUCGAUCCAGUGGGAGAUGGUGGGGGUGCUGAGUGUCUCGCUCGUGGCAGGGGGCGUCGUGUGUGCGCUGUAUUAUGAUCCGUGGGGCGGGCGGCGCGACAGGACGGCCGUGGAGUGGGGCAUCUUCCUGGCGGCCGUCAUCGGCAGGUCCGUCACAUGCCUUGGGCUCAGUGCCGUGUGGCCAGGUGGGUUACCAAGCGAACCACGGGCGGGCCCGGCACACAUCUGCAUCUCUCUCUCCAUGUGUGUGUGUGUGUGUGUGUGUGUGUGCAGCGUGGCAGUCGAUUCGUGCUCCCCCCGUGCUUACGUGGUCAUCGAGUGUGAGCGCCGAGCGGCUCGAGGCAGUGCUGCUGGACCCUCUGUGCCUAGAGUUCUUCGGCAGGUACACACACACACACACACACAUCCAACACAUCCCAUCCCCACAACCGCCCGCCUCGUCCAGGUUUUUGCGUCGGUCCCCCGACCUGGACGAGCAUGCCCUGUACUUCUGGAUGGGCGUCGAGAACCUCCGCACCUCCCUCAAACCCCCCUUUCCCCUCCACUCACCGUCAUACACACUCCCGCCCCACCCCCACUCCACCGCCCCAUACACCCCCUCGCCCUACUCGGCAUCGUCCUCGCAGCCGGCGUCAUUGGCGCGGCUGACGCCCCCUACGUGCGGCCCGGCGUCCCUGGAGGCGGUGCAGACGUGUGAGUGGCUGUGGGGGACGUAUCUGUGUGAAGAGCCCACAUAUCGGCUGGCCUUUGCCCCGGACGGUGGGUGGGUGUGGGAGGAUGGGGGCGGGGGAGAGGGGAGGACCUACAUGGACUUCUGCAGAAACCUGGAGGCGCCGCAGGUAGGUAGGCGGAAUCAAAAAAGCUUAUGCGUCUGUAAUGCAAUCCAUGCAUUGAAUUCAUUGGGGUGUGUCACUUCUGUGUGUGUGUGUAUGUAUGUGUGGCUGGCUGACGUGGCGCAUGCAGCGUGCGGCGUUGCAGUAUCUGGAGCAUUCUUGCUUUUUGCUCUUCCGGAACUCACCCGAAUAUCAGGAACUCCAAGUAAGUAGGGUAUUUGAAGAGAAACACAUGGAUGGACGACUGGAUCGCUCCUUGCACACACACAUAUAUAUCAGGUUCAGAUCAACCGUCAGAACACUCUGCGGCAGCGGCUGGUGGUGGCUGACAUGAUCUGAGGAUACUCAUGAGUGCCCUCUGCCCCCCCUUCCCCCGUCUCGCUCUUCCCCUUGUUUCGACGUGGUUCUUGUUCAGCUGUCUGUAUCGGCAUGGAUCAGUGCCGCACCGACAUCAGGGGGAGGACGACGACGCGUACAAGAUGAAGACCAGGCAGGAUGAAGCGGCAGGGGGCAGCGAGUGUGGAAGAAUGGACAUGCCACCGAGAUGUUUUUUCCUGAGUUGAGGUUGGAUGGAUGGAUGGAUGGCGUCACGUGGAGACAUUUUCUUGAGCGAGGGAGCCCAUCUGUGUAUGGGUGUGGUGUGAUGUACAUGUGCAGUGAGAGACCCAGCAACAGACAGACAGACAGACAGACGAGCAAGCGGUCUUGUGCUCUUGUAC